AUGGCGCCAUUGCAGAGAUCGGCAUCGGCACUGGCAUCUCAACCUCAACCUCAACAGGAUCAACUUCAGAUCCACCACUUUACCCAUCAACACCCUGUUCAAAAACUGUUCAUGGCGUUUGAAUUCAACUGCGACGGCUGCAAGACGCGUGGAUACGGCGUAAGAUACCAAUGCUCCGCCUGCAAUUUUGACCUCCAUGAACAUUGCGCCACCGCCCCCCACCGUCUCCAAUCCCACGUCCACCCUCACCACCAGAUCGUCCUCGUAAACCGCCCAGGAACCUCACACUUCUGCGACGUUUGCAAAGGCUUCACCGACGGGCUUAGCUACACCUGUCAGACGUGUGAGUUUGACGUUCACACGCUCUGUACCCAGAUCCCGGUAGCCACCGGAGUCCCGAAGUUGAAGGUGAAUCCGUGUCAGCAGCAGCAAGGAGUCGUGCAAUGGGCCCAACCUACGACGGCGUUUGGUGGUCAUCAUCAAAGUCAACCGGUGGUGAUAAUGAACCAGCAUCAACAAGGAGUACCUGCGUCGACGACGGCGUUUGUUGAUUUUUAUGGAACGAAUAAUGGUAAGCCUGUGCAGAUGAUGAACCACCAACAGUAUCACCACCAGCAGCAGCUGCAGCAACAAGGUGUAUCUACGACGGCGUUUGGUGGAUAUCAAGGAGUGAAUAAUAAUAAUAAUCAAGCUGUGAUAAUCAACCAACACCACCACCAGCAACUGCAACAACAGCAGGCGUUUGGUGGUUAUCAGAAUCAACAAUUCGGUGGUUAUAAUAAUCAGCCGGUGAUGAUCAACCGCCAGCAGCAGCAAGGGAAUAAGUCGAGUACUUUUGCGAAUGUGGGGAAAAUUGCUGCUAAUGUUCUUAUGACUUCUCUUAUUGGAGUUCCUAUAAAUUUUAACUCAAGAAAGUGA